UCGAACGCGUCCGGCGUGUUGUCCGUGUGUACUAUUCCAAAUCGUAUUAUAGUCGUGCGCCGUGCCGGUGGUGCGCGCGCGCUCGCCCGUUUGUGAGUGUGUGUACUGCGUCAGUGUGGUGUACCCGCCCGUGUCCGCCGUACCGUCUUCACCGUGGCCCGUGGUCGUCGACCGACUGAGUGCGAGACACCGUGUGUGCCCGUACACAAGUGUGUGCGCGUCGUGUGAUUCCGUUUUGACAAAAAAAAAAAUUAAUAAAAAAACAUGGCCGUGUGAGAGAACACUACACACAAGACGGUAACGACAACGCACCAGAAUGUCGGCCAGAGAACCGUACGGGCCGGGGUCGUCGUUGGGCGCGUCGGGCACCAGGUCGCCCAGGGGCAACCGGCGCAUAACCACCGAACUGCCCACCGUGGACCGUUCGCCCUCCCGGACGUAUCCGGCGGGCGGCAGCGGCGGCGGCGCCGGGCAGCGGAACAGCCCGGUGGGCCGGAGGACGGUGCGCCCGGGCGCCGGUUCGCCGGACCACAUCGGCACGUACCAGAACGGCGUCGGCGGCGUCAUGGACGGAGGCAUGGCCGGUUCGUAUUACGGUAGGGACGAGGACCUCAACAGUCCCGUGCUGCUCGAGGAACGGGGCCGGCCGAUGAGGCCGUCCGGCACGCCGGCCCACCGGUCCCGGAGCGCCACCCGUGCCACGGACCGCGUGAGCGUCAUGCCGCCGACCCGGUACCCGUCGCUGGACAGGAACACCGCCGGCGGCAUUCUGUCCGAGCCGAGCGCGUACCACGAUCGCGACUACCGGCCGUUCGACAGGGACCGCGGUUACGGGUUCUCGUCCAUCGACGACGACCCGUACGGAGUCGCCGCGUCGUCCCGGUCCCGGCAAUCGCCGGCCGGCGGCCACUUCAUGUCCAACGCCCGGGACACGGGACACUUCCUGGGCGAGCUCCAGCAUCAGAACACCGACCUGCACCGCGAGCUGUCCAACUUGAAAAAAGAACUGGAGCUGACCAACCAGAAGCUGGGAUCGAGCAUGCACAGCAUCAAGACGUUCUGGAGUCCGGAGCUGAAGAAAGAGCGGGCACUCCGCAAAGAGGAAUCGGCCAAAUACUCGCUCAUAAACGACCAGCUCAAGCUGCUCCACUCGGAAAAUCAGAAACAAUCCAUGUUGGUGCGACAACUCGAGGAAGAGCUCCGGAUGAGAAUGCGUGCCCCCAACAUGGAAAUGAACCAGCAAGUGGAACUGUUGUUGAACGAAAACGAUCAUCUCACCAGAGAGGUGGCCAUCCUGCGGGAAACGAUAAAGGAGUUGGAGCUCAGGAUAGAAACUCAAAAACAGACUCUACAGUCCCGGGACGAGAGCAUUAAAAAACUAUUGGACAUGCUUCAGAACAAAGGAGUUGGUGGUAAAGUGGUAGAAGCGAUUGAAUUAGAGGCCCGUCAAGUUGACUUAGAGGCACGACUGGUAGAGAGUGAAAACCUUGUCCACCACUUCCAGUCUGUUAUCAGGAAUCGGGAUCAGGAACUCAACAGUACGAAGCGCGACCUAAAGGCCACCAACGACAAUCUUAAAGCGCUGCAAAUGGAAUUAGAGAAAUCGUAUCAGACGCAGAGCACGGGGAUAGGGUCCGGCGGCACGCUGACCGCUAUCCUGGAGACCAAGGACGCCCGUAUAGCCACCCUGGAAAAAGAAGUGGGUCUGCUGGAACAAGAACUGGACAGGCUUCGGCUAUACGCCGGAUCGUCCGGCCACGCACUCGAUAGGAGCGUUCAGUUCGCCGGGGCUCCCGCGUUCAAGCUACAAUUGGAAGAGUUCCGGUCGGAAAUCCAAAGGCGUGAUCAAGAAAUUGUGGCCAUGAGCGCCAAAAUGAAAACCCUAGAGGAACAGCACACCGACUACCAGAGGCACAUUGGAGUACUUAAGGAGUCGUUGAGCGCCAAAGAAGAACAUUACACCAUGUUACAGGCGGACGUUGAAGAAUUGCGUUCCCGGUUGGAAGAGAAAAACCGGAUGAUCGAAAAGAAGACACAAGUGGCCCUACAAGCCACACAGGAGAAAAACCGAGUAACGAGUGAAAUAAACGAAAUCAAGGAUCAUGUGGACAUCAAAGAUCGCAAAAUCAAUGUUCUCCAAAGAAAGAUUGAAAACCUGGAGGACCUGCUGAAAGAGAAAGACAACCAAGUGGAAAUGGCCAGAACGCGAUUGGCGUCACUCCAGGCCCACCAGUGUUCGUCGGAAGGCGCCGUGACGAGUCUGGAAGAGGCCAUUGGCGACAAAGAGAAGCAAAUGAAUCAGCUGAGAGAGCAGCGAGACCGGGCCGAACAGGACCGCCAGGAAGAGCGGGACCUGCACGAGCGGGACGUGGCCGACUUCAAGUUGAAACUGCAUUCGCUGGAAAGCGAAGUGGAAAAGCUGCACGCCCGUCUGAACCGGGCCAACUGCGAGAAAAACCGGCUGGAAGAGCGGCUGGAGCAGUCGCAGAGCGAGCUGGGCAAGUCCAAGGCGGAAUUGGAAAAGGCGUCCAGCGAGGUGAACCGCAGCGGCGCCGACUGGGAAUACACCAGGCAGAAGUUCGCCCGGCUGGAAUUGGAAAACGCUCAGCUACGGCAAGACCUGGAGUUGUCGCAGACCACUUUUGGCCGGAGCACGUUGACCAAGUCGCAGGAAAUGGAGAGAAUCCAAGACCGGGCCGACAAAGCGCUGGCGGAUCUAAGGGCGGCUCAGGCGGACCUGCGCAUAACGCGCGCAGACAACGACAAGCUGACGAUGGAGCUGAAGACGUUGCAAGAGAAACACGAAAUGUCUCAGGGAGAAAUCUACCGGCUGGUGACGAAGCUGGAGAAGUCUCAAGGCGACAUCAACAACGCCAAAGAAGAGUACGACCGCAACCAGUCGAGCGUGACGAGAAUCUUGGCUGAGAGAGAAAAGGCGCUUGUCGAGCUGGAAAAGACCAAAGAAGAGCUGGAGCGAUCUCAGAGCACUUUGGGCAAAGCCCAACUGCAACAGGAUAAACUGCAAAUGGCUCUGGACGAUGCGCAAAGAGAAUCUGACAGAGCGCAAGACAGCUUGAACAAAGUGACCAGCGAACUUAGAAAAUUGCACGUCGAAAAAGAACAAAACCAAUACGAUUUCACAAACAUGCAAUCCCAACUGGACAAAGCACUUGCACAAGCGUCGCGUUUGCAAAAGGACAAAGACACCAUUCAAAUGGACUUGGACAGCUUGAAGAGCAAAUACGAAAUCAGUCAAUCGAUGGUGGCUAGAUUGCAAAAAGAAAAAAGUCAACUGUUAGACGACAGCGAGAAAAACAAAAACGACGCUGACUUGUUCCAUUCUCAAAUAAUGAAAUAUCAACGGGAAAAAGAAAAGCUACAGGCUGAACUCGACUUAACCGAAGAGAGGUUCGAAAAGACUCAGUCACUGUUAAAAAAAACACAACUUGAAAAAGAAGACAUCAUGAAUGAGAUCGAAAUGCAUAAAGAAAAAUUAGAAAAAUGUCAAAAAACUAUGUACGAAUCCGUACAAGAAAAGAACAACGCUAAAGAUGAAGUAGACAGAAUUAUGGAGAAACACGAUAGGUUGCAAAACGAAUUCUACCAGCUGAAAAAGUUAUUAGAAACGACCGAAAACGAAAAGGACGAUAUCAAAUUGGAAAUGGAAAAAAUGCAACUGCACACGGUGAAAGCUAGGGAAGACCAAAGGAAAGCUAAAUGUGAAAUUCAAGAAAUCCAAGAGGCCUAUGACAGGUUGUCGAUGCAACUGGAGAGGACCAAGGACGUCGAAGACAAAUUCAAAGAUGAAAAAGACCAUCUUAUAAACAACUUGGACGUACUGAAGGAACGAUGUGAUAAAUUACAAAUGGACAACAGGCGAUUGAACGGGGAAAGAGACAAGCUUCAAUCCGAUGCUAUGAACAACGCCUAUGAAAUGGAACGAGCGCACUCGCAAAUCACCAAGAAUCAAGCCAUGCUGGAAGAUCAGCAAAAAGAAAUCAAUCAACUUACGGUGGAGUUGGACAAGACGAUGGACAAAUACAACAAACUCAUGAGCGAGUAUAAAAAAUCACAGACGGAAGUCGAUUCUUACAAGUCGCAAGCGUCCAGCUACAAGGAAGAAGCCGAAAGGUACUCGGUGAGACAACAGGAGAGAAUCAAAGAAGAACUAGAAAUGUUUAGGAAUAAAUACACUCAAGAAGUAGAACGAGCCGAGAAAAUGCAAACGGCGUGUAAGAAACUAGAAGAGAAAAUCCGGGACCUCAACAUGGAACUGGAGAAGAGUAAAUCCGAGUACGUUAAGUUUAAAAAGGAAAAUGAAAAACUAGUGUUGGAACACGAGAAAAUGCAAAUCAAAUUCGAUAAACUCACCUCGGACAAUGAAAAACUCAAGAACGACAUAGCAAUGGUCGGGGAGCAGACUAGUUUCGACCUGGAAAGGACCAAGGAACGUUACAACAAAACCAAACAGACACAAGAGAAAACCGAAAUAGAAUUGUACAAGACUCAAAUGGACGUGGACAAGUUGAAGAAGGAAAACGAAAGGUUGAAAACGGAUUUGGUCCGCGUCGAAGCCGAGCUGUUACAGUUCAAACCGGAAAGGGAGUACGACAGAUUCACGAGAGACAAGCCCGUUUUGGGCAGGUCGCAGAGCACGUGCAGGGACUUUGGAGACUACGACCGGUCGGGUUCGGAGGAUCUGCUCAGGGAGCGUUUGGAGCAGAGUCAAAAUAAAUGUCACAGGAUUAUCGAAGAGAAACUCAAACUGGAAUCCGAACUCAAUCAGGUGAAACGAGCGUUUGAACAACACAAAAAGUCUCAAACGAAAACCGAGCGCAACGACACCGAAGGUAUCGUAGAGCUCGAACAACAGCUGACCGUUGUCCUUAAAGAAAAGGCCGUUAUAGAAGAAAAACUAGAAGUCAAAGAGAGACAGCUGAAAGAGUGGAGAGCGCGGUUCGAUAGCACCGGUAUACUGCUGAACGAAAGAGACGAACUGUUCAAACAGAAGAAGGUCAACGAGAGGCGCCUGGAAGAGGCCCAAAAACAGAUGACCAAAUUGGACGCGGAUCUGAAGAAAGUAACGUCCGAGAGGGACGAACUGAUAAACAUGCUGAAAAAAUCACAAUCCGUUUUGUUGCAAUGCCAAGACAAGUUGCAAACGUCCGAAAAGAGCCUGGAGCAAGAACGGGAAGAGGUGAAAAAGUUGAAGAACGAACUGAGAAACCAAAACGUGAACACAAAGCAGAGCGCGGAACAAGACUCUUCGCGUCUGAGAGAGCUGAUCAAGACCAAAGACAAAGAAUUGGAAUUCUGUAGACAGACUUUGGCGGUCAAGGAGCAAGAGUCCAAAGCGCUGCAGCAGAGCAUACAGCAAAUGCAAGCGGCGCUGAGAGAGCGAAACCAAGGUGUGGACAGCGAGAGAGUCAACUUGCAAAAGUCCAUGGACGCACAGCGGCUGGUGGUGGAAGAUCUGCAGAAGAAAUUGCAGUCGGCGCAGCAGCAAGUCAACAGCAAAGAAGCUAGCAUAGCCGAACUUAAAAAACAACUUCAGGCCAUUCAAAUGGACAACAAGAAGAGAACCGACGAAUUCGUGUCCAAGGUGUCGACGUUAGAAAAACAACUCCAAGUGUCGGCCACGUCCAACGAUAGUGCGUUGAAAGAAGACGUGAGGAAACUUUUGGACGAACUAGACCACACUCAAGGUGACCUAAAGAGUCUGGCGUUGGAAAAGGAUAAACUACAAUCGCAGAACCAUCAGUUUAAAACUGAACUCGAAAAGAAGCAGCUCGAACUGCAAGAAGCUCAGAAGAGGAUACAGAUAACGUCUUCGAAAGCAUCCGAGGAAACGAGCUCGUUAAAAGCACAACUCGAAGAACAAAAGAGACAAUUGGAAGCCCAACGACGACAGCUGGAAGAGUUAAGAAAGAGCAUCGACGGUCGGUCCAGACAACUCGAAGAAAAAGAAAGGCACGUGGCCGAACUUGACGCCAAGUUGAAGAAACGCAAAGAAAACCUCGAUUUGUUAGAAUCGCAAAUAAACAAAGGAAAAUCCCAAACCGGAGACAGUGAUGUUGUGAAAAAAUUACAAAACCAAAUUGAAAUUCUGCAGAAAGAACUAGAUAAAAGCAAAGAAGAAGCGAGAAGAUCGCAGACGGACAUGGAACGACUGUUGCAAGUCGUGCAGAUGGGCCAAGAGGAGCAAAACGCCAAAGAAAAACAAAUAAGAGAUUUACAAGAAGCGCUGAAAAAUGCACAACCCAAACCGAGAGGUCCGCCCACGCCUUCGCAUCAGCCACAACAUCAACAGCCGAGGCAACCGAAGAAAGACGACGAGAUCAUUGUAGAUCGGUUCGAGAGUACAGACACGUUACAUGAUCGAAUGGGCACUUUGAAGAACGAACUCGAGUCCAAAUUCGCGGUCGAGCUGGAAGAGUUACUCGAAGUGGUUCAACUGAAAAACGACCACAUCGAAGAACUCCAAGAAGCGCUCAAAGAAAGCGUCACGAUAAUAUCGGACAGGGAAGACGACCUGUACAGAGAACAGACCAGAAGAAAAGACAUGCAAGACCAGGUAUGCAAAUUGGAGGAACGGUUGUCGUCGUCGGGUGAAUGCAUCAACUGUCGCGAUACGUACCAGAAAAUGGAAGCCCUCGAACAACGACUGCGUUGUAUCCAGUCGGAAAGAUAUUUGAAACUUCAAGAGCUGUCCCAGCUAAGACAAGAAGCUCUGGAAACGGCCAUAAGCGAAAAGGACGCCCAUCUGGCACUGAUGGAGUUCAACGGCAAACAAACCAACGUGACAGACAAAUUAAAAGCCGACCGGGCUAGACUGAUAAAACGCCUACACGAAGAGACCGAAACGGCCAUAAAACUUCUUCAAGAGGCGGCCAACGCUAAAAACAACAACAAUUACUAUCGGCUCGAGUAACAUACAUAGUAUAUUUUUUUGUUGUUGUUAAUUUUUUUAAAAAUGAAAAUAUAAAAAAAGGCGAAAACCGUGUAAAACAACACAACGGUGUGUCCCAUACAGUUCCUAAAAAAAUAACAAAUUGAAAUGUAAUAAUUAUUUGUUUCUUUAUUUUUAUACUUAUUAUAUAUAUAUAUAAAUUACACUCUUUUUUAACUCUAUACAACGACUAUUAUCUAUAAUUAUAAUAUGCCAUAAAUAGUAUAGGUUUUCAUUUAGGCGCUUGUAGAAUAUCAUUACUUACCCGUUACUUACUCAUAAGACCUGUAUUCGUUAUGCAUACAGAGUGAUCCAGGGUUUACUGUAAGUUUCGAUACUGGGAAAUUUUUCAUCUUCGUCCUUUCAUCCAAGAGCGAUUUUCCAAUGCAUUUAAAUGGGGGAAAAUCCGCUCGUUUCUUUGUCGCACCCUUUGUAAGAGACGAAGGUAAAAAUGUUCAAAAGUAUUGAAAAAGUACUUAGUGAAAUAAGUAUGGGAAAACACUGUCUUACAUCAGAUGGAUCACCCUGUAUUGUACAAAAUAUUAAUAUUGAACAGGAAAACAAUUUUUGGUAUUCAUAUAUAUUUCCGUUGCUUAAUAAUAAUAAUGCAUGUUCGCCAAUAUAAUUUAAUAUAAUAUUUAUAUUUACAUAGUUAAACUUAGGUAAAAACGAGUUACCCUCCGGACAGCGUUAGGCUUUUUGAAAUCUUAGAUUUUUCCAAAACGUCACACCUUAUAACAACAAGUAAUAUAUUUAUACAAGUAAUAUAGCAAAACAUUUUAACGCUACAAUAAUGUACAAUAUCAUACAAGUCCCAACGAUAAAACUGGAAAGAGAAACGUCAGAGUUUACAGUAAAAAGGUCGACACGGGUAUUGAUAAUCGAUUUUUUUUUUUUUUUGGGGUCGUCUUGAGCUGUUUUUAGGUAAUUUUUUCUCCUUACAAAACGUCCACCAGUAUAGAAUAGUACAUAAUAAUAUAAUAUAUAUUAUACAUUUGCAACAACAGCAAAAAAAAAAAUGGCAUUUAACCCAAAAAUCGAUUUACUUUGAGCUCGUGUAGGUAGGCCAAGUCCGUCUGUAUUGUAUUUUCUUUUUUGGCGAUUGAUAUUAUUGUGCUCGCAAAAUCGACUAUUACAAUAUUAUAUUAUAUUGAUAUUAAAAUAUUAUAUAUAUAUAUGACACGAUAGAUAACCAUAAUAAUAUGUUAAUAAUUUUUUUGUUUAUUAAUGUGAUUUUUUUUUUUGUAAA